AAAAAAGCGGGCAAUCUCUAUUCGUGUUGCAUUCGACAUUUGCAGCCGCGAACUUGCUCGACUUAACUUGAUCGCUUGAAAAAUUUGUGUUUUUGGUGAAGUUGGAAUUAUAAAUAUAAUACAUAAAAAUGCCUCCAGUUUUUAAUAAAGAAAACCUGCACAAUGAAUUUGGAAAGAGCGUGCAUUUGAAGUCUCCGGUAAAAAACAAUGUUUUGGCCGAACGCAGUGAAAAUUUGAGUGGAGAAAGCAUGGAUGUAGAAGGGAAGAAUAUGGAGGUGGUCGAGUUUGACCCACAAAAGGAGCCCCUUCUGCGAGACAACCCUCGCCGCUUUGUAAUAUUCCCAAUACAGUAUCCUGAUAUCUGGGAAAUGUACAAGAAGGCAGAGGCUUCGUUCUGGACCGUUGAGGAAGUCGAUCUAUCCAAGGACAUGUCAGACUGGGAGAAUCUCAAGGACAGUGAGAGACACUUCAUCAAACAUGUGCUGGCUUUCUUUGCUGCGUCUGAUGGCAUUGUUAAUGAGAACUUAGUGGAACGCUUCUCUCAAGAGGUGCAAGUGACUGAAGCCAGAUGCUUCUAUGGAUUCCAGAUUGCUAUGGAGAAUGUUCACUCUGAGAUGUACUCUUUGCUCAUUGACACAUACAUUAGAGACCCUAAGGAGAGAGACUUCCUGUUCAAUGCUAUUGAAACCCUGCCCUGUGUGAAGAAGAAGGCUGACUGGGCCCUCCAGUGGAUUGCCAGCAAGUCAGCCACAUUUGCUGAGCGUAUCAUUGCCUUUGCUGCAGUUGAGGGCAUAUUCUUCUCUGGCAGUUUUGCAUCAAUCUUUUGGAUGAAGAAGCGCGGAUUGAUGCCUGGAUUGACAUUCAGCAAUGAGCUGAUUUCUAGAGAUGAGGGCCUACACACAGACUUCGCGUGCCUGAUGUACAAGCACGUGGUACAGAAGCCGAGCAAGGAUCGCGUGCUGCACAUCAUCAAGGAUGCCGUGGUCAUCGAGCAGGAAUUCCUGACAGACGCCCUGCCUGUCAGGCUGCUUGGCAUGAACUGCGAGCUCAUGUCUGACUACAUUGAGUUCGUCGCCGAUAGACUGCUUGUUGAACUUAUUGGCGAAAAGCACUACAACACCAAGAAUCCAUUUGACUUCAUGAAUCUUAUAUCUUUGGAGGGUAAGACCAACUUCUUUGAGAAGAAAGUUAGCGAGUACCAGAAGUGGGGAGUUAUGGCCAACCAGAUGGACAAUGUAUUCACACUUGACGCUGAAUUUUAGACUGAUUAUACUGACUACAAUAUCUAAAUAACGCAAUAGUCUCAGUGACAGUAUUAUUGAUUCCAAUCAAAUGUUAUAUUAAGUGGAGAAUGUUUGCAGGAACAAAUGCCUUAUACUGGUCCCAGUAGAUCAUUAUACAAAUCCCAGUAACAUUAUUUGUAAUGAAAAUUAUUCUAAGUGUGACGAUUGUGAAUAAGGGUUUGACGAUUAAUUGUGCAUGACGAGGGUUUCCUUAUAAUUAAGUAUGCAAUCUCUCAAAUUGCUAUUUUUGUACCUUAAUGCAAAUAGAUAUAAUGACUAGAUUAAUUUCUUAAACAUUAAUAUAUUUUAUAGGAAAAUGGAAUCAUUUCAAGAUGAUUUAUUCUGUGAUAGAUAAUAAUAAUAAUGAGCGCAUUUACUUCGAAUUUAUGGUAAAAUGCUUUUGUGCUUUAUGUAUUUUAAGUGUGUUGAAUAAUGUAUUUUUUUCUAAUAAAAAAUCUUAACUUCAAUACAUAA